AUGGAGGCGGCUCGCGACGUGCUGGAGCGGGCGCGGCGGCGCGCGGCGGGCGCGGCCCCGGACGAAGAGCGGGAGCGCCUGAAUGCAGCGUUCGCUUCGACUGUGAAGCUGAUGAGAGGAGUCUCAAAGGAAUGCCAGAAGUACUAUGGUGCUGUGGCAGCCAACAAGUGGAAAGAGAAUGAAAUUAAACAUUUCUGCAAAUACCAUGGCAAGUCAGCAGAAAGAAAGACAGACUCCACAGAAGAAGAGAGAACUGAAGGUUCCGUAGAACCCCGCCAAGCUCAAACUUGCUGUCAAAGACCCAGAAGACCUUCCAAAGACUUCUACAUUGAAGUUUCUCCUGGUGUCUAUUCUGUCACAGCAAUCUCAGAAGACAUGGUGGAACAAACCCACGUAGUAGAUGUCAAUGCAGGACAAAGUAUUGAUUUAACUUUUGUUCUGUGAUAUUUGUUGUCUCCUGGCAAUAGCAGGAAUAAAACACAAGGCUCAUUUUAAGGCAUGUAAUGAACUGUAAAUAUCUUUUUCUUGUUAGCACUUUAAUAGUAGCUUCCUCUUUGGGACUCCAUUUUUAUGGCCUGUAUAUUUGUUUUCUGCUUAAUGCAAUUAUAUGCAGCCCACUUUGUACAUUGAUUUUUAUAAAUAUUUGUACAUUGUGUGCCUUUUAAAUCUAAUUAUGUGACUGUAAUUCCAGAUUCUUCUGCUCUAAACAAUUAAAGAUACAAUCAGUGGAAUAAAAUACAUGAUCAAGCCUU